AAAAGGGAAACGAGGGCGGGUGCGAGGCCGGGUGCACGAGCACGCACCGUCUGCUAAGGCCGGCCUUGGCCGAAAGCCUUGAUCUGGACCCAGCUGGCCGUGAGGAGGGAGGGAGGGAGGGGGAGUUGUUAAGCGCAUGACGCGAAGACAACGUCUAUUUAAAAAACAAACAAACCCAAACCCCUUCCCUUCCACAGUAACAUAACUGAAGUCAGACGGGGUUAGUUGCAAAAGAGGAAGGGAAGCCGACCGACCCGUGAGGCCUUGGCGUCGACCGAUGACAAUGAGAAUUUGGUUGCUGCUCACUGCCUGGGCAAAAGGUGAAGAUUUUUAAGUGGACCUGACAAGUGGAUGCUACCCAAACCACCUCAACAUAAGUAGACAUGAAUCGUCCAAAUGAUGAGGCAACAUCUAAAUCCAUAUUUGCCUGGAAUUAUUUUCUGUGGGAAGUUCGUUUGGCACUAGUGACCAUUGGCUUCUUUUUCUACUUGGGAAUAUUUUGUUUUUCACAUUUUUUGUCUUCAUGGUUGAGUAUAACUUACCGCUCAUUGUCAGCAAAGGAGAAAGUCUUUUGGAAUCUGGCUGCUACACGAGGCGUGUUCGGGGUUCAGAGUUGUGUGGCUGGCUUCUGGGCUUUACUUCUAGAUCCAGUUUUUCAGGCUGACAAGGUUUAUUCCCAACAGGACUGGAGUUGGUUCAGUUGCCUCGUAGCCGCUGGCUUUUUUUUGCUAGAAAAUGUAGCCGUUCAUGUUUCUAAUUUUAUCUUUAAAACAUUUGAUUUAUUUGUAGUUGUUCACCAUUUUCUUGCCUUUGGUGGUUUUUUGGGUCUGAUAACCAACAUAAAAUCUGGACAUUACAUACCUUUGAUGGGAAUGCUACUUGAGAUGAGUACACCUUUCACUUGCAUGUCUUGGAUACUUUUAAAGGCUGGCCGAGCUAAUACUUUCUUAUGGAAGGCAAGUCAGUGGAUAAUGAUCCACAUGUUUCACUGCCGCAUGAUGCUUACCUACCAUAUGUGGUGGGUGUGUCUUUCCAAUUGGAAUGCUGUGAUGGAAAAUCUGGGAUUCCUAUAUUUUACUGUUCUAUUAACAGGAUUGAGUGCUGUUACCUUCGUACUUAAUCCGUACUGGACAUACAAAAAGACUCUUCAACUUUCUUCUCCUGUUGACUGGAAUUUUAGUGAUAGAACAAUGAAAAAUGGUUCAUCUGUGAAAGUAAAUGGAGAAACAUUCCAGAAGAAGGGGCUCUGAAACUGGCUUGGAUCUCUACGGGUUACCGUAAAAUCUGGUCAGAAAUAAAUAAGACGGAGAGCCGGGAAUAUGAAGCUGUGCCUAUCAAGGGAUCUAAAUUACUAGUUUCUAGUAAUGUUAUCUAAUUGGGAAUAUUAUUAACCUCAUUUAAUGAAUAUUGCAGGUGUGUCCUAAAUGUCGGACAUUCUUAGUCACAUGAGGAAAUAUUUUAUAAACCAGCAAAGUGCAGGAAACAAACUGCCUUGUCUGUCUGUCUUUAGAACCUGCAUUGCUGCUUCUAGGACUUGCUAUUUUGAACAUGUCAGCUUGUCAGACAGAUUACAGUCUAGAAAAGAUUCUAGGUCUUGUCUCAAAGAAUGUCCAGUACAGUUUUGCUACCUUAUCUAAUGAAUGCCAAAUGCCAAUCCAGUUUAAUAUCUAAUAUGAGAAGGGAGGGGUAACAUUACAUUUUCUUCCUAGAAAAACAUCCAAAUGUUUAACACCAAUGCUAGAACAUUAUGAAAUAUACUUUAGUUUAGAGAGUAAUUGGACAUUGAAAAUAUGAUCAUGACUUGGGUUUAACAUUUUUAAAAAAUAUUUCUCUUUAACAUGCUAUAGUGGCCAGUAGAAAAGCUAUAGACCUUAAAGAUUAUUUCCAAUACAUAACGCAUUCAAAUUUUGAUAUGGCACCUCCGGAAAGCUGCUGUUUUGCAUUUCAUUAUGAGAAAUAUUGAAGGUGGUUGAGCUUCCAGCUUUUUGCAUCCCCAAGUUUUAGACAAAUAAUUUAUAAAAUUCUAUUAAGUUUUGUUCUAUUCUGUUAAUCCCAGGCCCUAAAAUCCAACAUCAAUUUAUAAAUCUUAAAACUUUUCUCAAGCUAAGCAUUUUAAAAGAAGCUAUUAGCUAUUCCAAUAUUUAGUUACUGUGAAGAUUGCUGAAACUAAUCCUUAACCUAAUACUGUAUUUCAAUGGAAAGUUAUUGAACACUGCCACCUAAUGGCAGUUGUGACCCAGCAUGUUAUAAAAUUAUUUGGAAUAUACAACUACUAUAAAAGAUAAUACUUUGAGUUUGGUAUAUAUUCUUUUAGUAUAGGACAGGUAAUAUACAAUGCAUGAGAAUAUGAGAUUAAUGCUUUAUAUUCAAACUCAGUAUGGAAAUAUGUAAAUGAAAUACUUUGAAACAUCUCUUUCUCUUUCCACCCUAGUAAAAUUGAUAAAACAACCUAGUAAAAGUGAUAAAACUGCACAAAAUGUUAGCAUCUAAAGUUUUUUCCAAUUUCUAUUUUUCCCCUGUUUAGGAAACAGUAUUACAAUUGUGAAAGUUAGGCAUACAAGAAGUAUUAAACAUUUGCUCUAGUCAUUAUUUGGAAAGAAUAACAAUUCAGAGAGGCAAACUUUUGCAUAAUCUACAUGCACGUAUAAAAACUUGGCUUGAACCUCUGUAAUCCAUUUAUCAAUCAAAUCUUAAUGACCAGCAUAAUAAUAAUCUAAGUUAAGGUAGUAUCUUAAAUUAUCUUCACUACUCUUCAUUCUUGAUAUUUUGAAUUAUGCCAUAUUUCUAGCUAAAAUGUUACUGGGAAUAAUGUGACUAAUGUAUUUUUCUUGACUGUACUUAUAUUUUUGAGUAGCAGCAUAGUACGAGAUGAAAAAUUGAAAAUCUGCAUUCUGAAGAUGGUUGUGACCAUGUUUACAG